GACCUAUUGACGUUAUCUGAAGCCUCCAUGCGUGCUUCAGAUCCUCGCAAAAUGGCUGGCCUUUCGAGUGAUCUGUAAGAUCUGGCUUUAUCAUAGCUUCCCUUCCAAGUUGAGUUAACACUCAUCAACAUGCAGACGAACUUAAUUUGGAGUGUUGUUCUUUUUCUUUUGUUGCAAGGGACGAGGAUUCCAGCGCGUGAGUACAUUCAGCAUAGAACACAGUGCCUGGUUUUGUUUAUUAUCAUUAACAGUGAUCGUUGCGUGAUCAUAAAAGUAUUAUGACUUGUUGUCCCUGUUUCGCGUCGAACGAUUUGAUGGUUUCAUCGCGAUUAUUGGAAGAAAAUCCAUUUGUUUACUGAACACGUAGCAAUGAAAUCGUUUGAUCACAUCUGAUACCUAAUAUUACACGAAAUAAUUUCUGCGGUUUAAUGUCAUGAAAUCUCAUGGAAAAAUUGUUCGAUCUGAGACCACUUCCUGUAGCUUAAUUCACAGUUUUCAAACAUACCCUUUCCUUGUCUUUGAAACGCUUAUAUUGUUUUCUAUUUUUAUUUUACAUUAGCCCAAUGGAUCUUGAACGCUCUUGCCUUUAAACAGUUGCUUUCUUUUCACAAAGCUCCUUUCAUCUGACUCUGAGGGAGUUGAAACAACGAAGCGGGGAAAUCGUAAUAUUUUAUAAAGCACGGAAAGAAUAGCAGUUGUUCGUCUCCACUUCAAAGCAGCAUUCACGUUCUUGAACUAAACUAAGGACUUUCCUGUAAAUCUGUUUCUAUACUCAGUGACAACAUGACAUGUUGCGAAAUGGUCACACAUUUUCUAACAGCUUUGACUUUCGUUAAAAUGUCACGCAAUUGUUACGCGACAUCCCAGAAAAGAGCACUUUGACUCGGCUUACUGCUUAGACGCUCACAAUAAACAAAAAUCAAUUGACAAACGUUCUAGUUAAGAACAUUUCAAACCAAAAUCGUAAACUAGACCUGUCGGAAAUCGAAUGCAAGGGGAAAAGACGAACAAUUAAGUAUUGAAUCAUAUUUAGCACAAGAUAUUAGAGACGGGGGCAUUUUCGUCCGCUGUUCCAAGUAAAUUGCGAUUUGGAUGGUUAAUUUUUGUAAAGGGGUGGAAGACUGGAAAACCUGGGAAAAAAGUACGCGAAAUAUUCGGAAAAACAAGAAUAAAUAAAGGAUCAACUGUGACGGCUUUGAUAGUAUUUUUUUUUUCUGGCGAGCGAGUGCUCAGGAUUCCGAUCAGGUUUUGAUGUCGUCACGGUGGAUCGUUAUGAUCGAGACAUACCUCGAGGUGCCUCUAAGCUCCAGGCUUUCCUCGACCUUACCAAACUAAUGCUCUCCAGUAAUACACUGGCGAUGCAAACCAUAUAACGUUCUCUUUUUCCUUCAAAUUUCCACAGAGGACCCGAACUGUAAAAUUGACUUGGCUUUUGUGGCAGAUGCCUCAGGAAGUGUUGGUGACGACUGGGGCACUCUGCUCAAAUUCGUUGUCGAUGUGUCAAAGAACAUCAACGUCGGUCCUGAAGGCUCCCACAUUGCUUUGGUCAAAUUUGGAGACCAAGGUGAAAAAGUUCUCGAUUUUGAAGAGUUUGAUCCUGCAACUUUCAAAGAAGAUAACGUCUUUGGAAAGAUUACGUCGAUAGGAAAGCCGCCCUCUGGCGCAUCUAGGUUCAUCAACAGAGGACUUCGUGAAGUUAAUGAACAAGUCUUCCAGGAAGAAUUUGGAAUGAGGCCAGAUGUUAAAAAGGUAGGUUGCUGCGAACUUUUAUUAGGUUUUUUGUCACGGCAAUAGCCAGGAACUGUGAAGAAUUCAAAUAUAAUCCCCUAAGCUAGAAUGUUUGUAUUUGAAUUUGUUAUUUGAAUAUUUUGAAGACUUUUCAUGUGAUAGAUAGUAAAGGGGGGGAGGGGAGGGGGAGGAGGGUCUUUGGUGCCCCAUCCUAAACAUGUUAUGGAGAUGCAGAGUGCACUGAGCUCUGGGUCGAGUCUGGGUCGAGAGGUCCUGGUUCGAGACCUGGCUGUGUCAUUGUGCUGUGCUCUUGGGCAAGUCACUUUAAUCUCACAGUGCCUCUCUCUACCCAGGAGUAUAAAUGGGCACCGGCGAAUUGUCAGGGAAGCCUGGUGAAUGCUGGGAGGUUACCUUGUGAUGUAUCCCACCCAAGGGAGGUGACAGGGGGGUAGUUAUACUCCUGGUCGCUUCAUGCUAAGGAAAUUGGGAUAUGCUCUGGCUGGAUGGGCCAGUUGGCUCGAGUUCAGAAAGUCGCUUUUUAAAAUCGGCCAAACAUGGAAAUACAACUGUAUGUAUCUUGCCUCUUCAGCUGGUACUUCUCAUCACAAAUGGAAAACAAACCGCAAUAACUUCGCCGGAUGAGGCCGGUCCCAUUGACGCGUCAACAGAGUUAAAGGACAGGGGCGUCUACGUCAUUGUAUUGGGUAUUGGUCAAGUCGAUGUUAUAGAGCCGUGGAAUUAUGCUUCAAGCGCCCAAGAAGUACUUCAAGUGGACGAUUUCUCUCAGCUAGAUUCCAAAGUGAAGGAAGUCAGUGAAACUCUUUGCCCUUGUAAGUUUUGAUAUUCCCUUAGGAAUCUAAAAUCAGGCUGAUGUCAUGGAACGAUCUUAUUAUUUGGAAGCCUGGCGUGAAAUCACCGUAACAUCAGUAUGCACAUUCUUGAUACUGUUUUUCUUACAUUUUCUAAGGUGCUGAUAAGGUGAUCCUAUCUUUUAUUCUUGUGAACUUAAUGUGUGACUAGGGGUGUCAUUUGAGGAGAAAUUAGAUGCUGGUCAGUCUCAGUAGUCAAAGAGUAAAGGUAACUGUUCGUAGAGAGGAUUGCAAUAAGUCAAGUAAAUCUAAGUUAGGCCACGUUAGACCAGACACAGUCGAUUUAAGAAUUUUGUCUUUAUCAUGAACAAACAGUGUCAACUUAACGACAAAGAAUUUCUUUUCAGUGGCUCUGCUCCUAACGACUUCGCUGCCGACAACGACUCCUCUGGUGACUCCUGCCCCUCCUGUCCCUCAGCUACAACAGAUUCUCCCACCACGACGAGUAAGUGAUCUCGAGUUGUUGGGAAAUUCAGAUAAAGUAUGAAUUUCGCUACUGGUGACUUUUUUUUUUUUUUUGAGGGAGUGUGAUUUCAGACCAAAUUACACUCCAAUCAGUUCAGUUACCAUUGUGAAUGCUUCGAGACAUUCUUAUCUCGAAGUUUUCUUGAUAAAUGUUUUAACAAUUUUCGAAAUGAUUUCCUUUGUGUAGGUCGGCCCGCCCGGUGAUCCAGGAGAAAAAGGAGACAAGGUGUGUGUCUUUGUCAUAUAGGAUCUUCUCGGUCACGGUCGCCUCUUUAAAAGAUUUGCAACACAUUCUUUUUUCCUUGAGAUUCAGAAGUAAAUUUUUUUGAUCACCAAUGGACGCGAAGGGGGAGAGGGCGAGUGGGGGGGGAGGGUGGGGGUCCUACACCAACUACAUGCCAGGAUUUUUAUCACUCAUAAUUUUCAUAGCAUUCGACCAGACGAAGACACGUGAGGGUGAAACUAUUUUUUCUAUAUCCAGCCUGAUAUUGUUGAAAACCUAGGAUAAUGCAAAACUGCGUUUAUUCCGGCCCUCAAUUGAAAUUUUUUUUAGUCACAAAUUUCCUAUUUGUUGGUUCUGAACCAUCUUUUAUAUUUGUUUUUCCAGGGAGAUCAGGGUCCGCCCGGGCCCUCCGGACCUCAAGGCUUUCGAGGUUCUCAGGUGAGAAUCAAUUGGCUCGUGGUGUUACGGUAUAACCUAACCAACAGAAAAACUCUACAAUACCACGAACUCAACUACUUUAUUAAACAGCGAGUAAUGUUCUUAACAAGGAGUAGCCCCCCUAAAAACAGUACAAUACGUUAAUCAACUUAAUUAAGUCCACGACAGUCUAUAUCCUAGCUCAACACUGACACAAUCUCACUGUUGUUCCCAAAGUUCCUUGAAAUGAGCUAUUAUCCACAGUAACUCUCUCUCGGUACAGCUUUAAAAACAGUCGUCGCUCCGACAACAACAACUCUAAGUCUCUACGUAUAUAUAUUCACAAGGUGUUCUGGAACAUUCCAUAAGCUUACAUAAGAACUGUUUUAGAAGUAUUACAUAAUAAAAUGCGUGACUUGAUGAAAUGUUCUGGAAAGCUCUAUGUUGUGCAAGUCAGCAUGACUCAACAGUCUGGAGAUUUCUAAAAGCUUUUAUUUACAACAAUUACUCAUAACAGUGGUCAUCAUUUUUUAACUGUCCCUCAUCUAUAUCUAGUUAUUACGGGCGGUAAAAUGGUUAGCUAAGGGUAUUUCUAGGCGUAAACUCCAUUGUUAGUGGUCCAUAUGCCGAUACGAAACAAAUGCGAAACGUUUCAACUUGCACUAUUCCAAUCUAUCUCGGUGUUCAAGAUUUACGCUCAGUUACAAAUAAAUGUUUUCUCAGAAAAGAAAACUGCGAAUGGAUGAAUGAUUCGAGCAGGUCAACUGCAAGUAAAGCAAUUGCAGAAAAGAGGCCUGAAAAGAUAAUGGCGUUGACGAGAAGUCAGGAUUCUUCUCUGCGAUCUCUUUUAUUGCAGCUCACCCGCAAAGAUAAAUUGUUUAUUUACUUCUCUAUUUUCCGGUGGGUUUUUCAUUCUGGAGAAAAAAACUGACCCCAAAUUCAUCAAUUCUUGUUACCAUUAAUUAGUGUUUCUGUUUCUCUAGGGAAUACCCGGACCACAAGGACCUGAGGGGCCUCCUGGAUCUCAAGGCCCUCCCGGUCCUCCUGGCCUCCCAGGGCCGAUUAUUAACAAUAUCACGAACGGUGGACCCGUAGAGCAACUACCACCAAUAUUUAUAGUUAAGUAACUAAUCAAAUGCCUUCUUUACCUUUCAGUCACGUCUGUUGUUGCGUAACCUCCGUAAUCGUGGCCUCUGUUUGGUCUUGAGAAGAUAAAUUCCUUAUCUACACGCAACCACGUAUUAUUUUGUUUAGUGUAUGAACACUGUAGGCCUUCACUGACAAGAAAAUGCGAUUUUGGAUUGAGAAUGGUGAACGCUUUGCCAUUCAUUAUGCAGAAGGGCAGAGUGUCAGCAGAGACUGGUUAUAUCAAAGACACGUAAAAGGUCAUCGCGAAUUGUACGCGUGUGCAGUUACGGCUCUUCUCAGAGCUGUUAAUCCUUGUGAAACACCACAAUUUGUACAAUGAAAACAGUAUAAAUUUCCCUCAAGAGCGAGGGCAAUAGGCUUAUUUGUGUGUUACAGAAGAGAUCCAAGGACACUUCGUUUCCGGUGAAAUCUUUUCACAGUUUGGUUAGGUCAUUCCACAAAAAAGCUGGGUCUCGAUUUUGGCAUCUGAUCCUACAAAAAACUUUCCUCAUGGAUGGAGUCCAUUUCUCUACGUUUGUUCCAGGCUUGUGACAAAUCAAACUGUUCAAACGCCUCGCUCAAUUUCAUUCAAGCCUUUAGAUCAAUGUUACCCUAAUUAAUUGUUAUUUUAUUGAAAUGGAAUUUUGUGACCUUGUUCUGUUAUCUUGUAGGGCAGCAAAGGACCAAGUGUUGGGUAUAGGGAAGUUAGAGGGAACCGUGGUGACCCGGUAUGUCUAAUGUCACAAAUCGUCGCUGUUAUUUUGAGUUUUCUUGCUGUUCAGAGUAUUUGUAACCGAAUAGUCCAUUUUACAGUUGUGUGCUUGGUUGCCAAGCCUUUGAACAGGAAUGAGGCUAAGGGUGACCUUGUUAUGAUACAAACCUUUCUGCUUUUCAAAUGCAAAUUACUUUGUUAUCAUGCUAACUAGAUACUGGUCUCUAUCACAACAAGGUCACCUUCAGCCUCACUCCAAUUCAAAGGCUUGGCAACUAAGUACACAACUGUAAAAUGGCCUAUUGGAUAAAACUGAGUUGGUGGCCAAUCAAAACAGAGAAGAAUAUUGCAAGAGGCCAUUGAGAUCUCCAAGACACGAGAAAGACUUGAAGCGCGGGAAAGCGCGGAAGUCCUAGUUGCGAGUGGUUUUAGUUUUGCAUUAGAUUGGUUGAGAUGGUGGCACGAGCCUUACUGACCAAUCAUAGAGCGAAGCAAUGCAAAACCAAUUUAAUGCCCCAUUACUUUCGAUACUCAUUUUGAAAUUGCACCAAAAGUUACGCUCUGCCAUGCUUUUAGAAAUGACUAAGUAGCCUCGUAACGUAGUUUAUUUGAUUUUUAAAUAUUUACAUGUUUCUUUCUGUUAACAAUUGUAUAAAUUAUAUAAUUUUUAGGGUGAGGCUGGCUCAAUGGGCGUUCCUGGAAGGAGAGGGGUUGAUGUAUGUGCAAGCUUUUUAGCUUCUUUAUCUGAUUUUUAAGUUCAUGUUUGUGCAUUUAAUUCAAAAUGUGAACAUUAUUAUAGUCUCCUUUGGUAGCAGCGAUUUUAUCUCGAUGCAUUCUUUUGUUGUUUAAGAGAAACUAUCAAAAAAAUAAAAGCCUGUGAGGGAGACUAACAUACGCCUGGCAAAAUAAAUAAAAAAAUUAUUUAGUUUUACUUAGCAGAUUAGAUUUUUUGUUCAGAUUUAUCAUCUGAAGAUCUCUUUUAGGGGGAACACGGAAAACCGGGGCCACCGGGCUUAGAUGGAAGCCCAGGCACACCGGUAGGUAUAUCUGUUAUUCGCCUAAAAACAAACAAGUAAACUAGUAAGUUAGUCAAACGGUCCGUCAGUCAGUCAGCCGGUUGGUCAAUCAGUCAGUUAGUCAGUCAGUCAGUCGAUGGUCAGUCGGUCAGUCGGUUGGUCUGUUAGUUAGUUAGUCAGUCGGUCGGUCAGUCGGUCAGUCGGUCAGUCAGUCUAACGGUCGGUCAGUCAGUUGGUCGGUCGGUUGGUCGGUCUAUCAUUCAGUCAGUCAGUCGGUAAGUCACUCACCCAUUCUGUGUGUCUAGGUAUGGAAAAUGAAUGAAUUAAUGAAUGAACAGAGAUGGCCGCGUUGUUAUAUCCACAUCUAGUCUAAUUGAUAAUCAGUGACAUAAAUUGAUAUAAAUUUUAUCUUUAUCACCCGUAGGGACCACCUGGACUUAACGGUCCCCCUGGUCAAAGAGGACAUCAUGGAGAAGACGUAUGGUCCUUUAUUCGUUUUGGUUAUUUUCUAACCUUUUUGCUCCCUACUUCCUAAUCUAGAGGAAUUCUGGUUAGUGCUCUUGGCCUCAACGGUAACUGAAAUUGAAGUUUAUCGUCUUCUUUUAAGGGAAGUCCAGGUCGCCCUGGGGAUGUUGGAGAGCCAGGUCCAUCAGGCGCAUCGGUGAGUUGUUCUUUGUCACGUGUGACUGUAAUUCUAACUUUGGGGUGAAAUGAUGCGCACGAUAACAAGACAACUGAUAUCGAGGUAAUAGCGUGCUCACCGAUGUCACGAUUGAGGAAAGGUAAACCCGAUGGCUGGAACUCCGGAUUUCACAGGGUUUACACUAGGUUUUUCUGUUUUUCUUGGGAUUUACUUUGCUGUAAGAGCCGAAAGAGGAAAAGGUAACGCUGUGAGGGUUUAAAUAAACAGGUGAAGGUUUGUGCAUACGGAGGGUUUGUUGUUUUGCAAUCUGCUGUAAUCCUUUCCUUUUUUUGCUGUUAUAGGGCCUUGGUUCUUUAUUAUCGCGUCUUUUUGGUUUUUCUGUCUAACCAAACCAAUCUAAUUUUGUGGAAAUGCGAAACGCUGCGCGGUGGCCAAAACGCGCAGUUUUUGUCUUCAUAGUAUUUUAGUGCUCAUUUAUUUUUCCAUGUAAGAAUUUGUUGGCUGAGCAUCAGUCAUGGUGACUGGUCUUGAAAAGUUUACUUUUUUUCUUAAGGGUCCUCGUGGAGCGUCUGGUCUGCCAGGAUUGCAAGGUGUCAAGGGAGAUAGGGUAUGCAGUUGUGUUGUGUUGUAAAAAAGGGUUCGUCAACACAUCGUGGUUAAACAUUAUUAACAUGUUCAAGGAAAAACGGCCAAAAUAAUUACACCUCCUGUUUUCCCCCUUAUUUAAUACUUAAGUUUUUUGGGAGAAAUGGUAGACAUUAGCAUAUUGCAAUCUUGAUGUGAUAAAGUGUUCCUCACUGGUUAUCGUUAGUUUCUCCGACAUUGGUCUCCUAAAAUAUUAUAUCACGUCGAACAACUCUUAACCAUGAAACUCUUUCUCGACUGAUAGAGCUGUUGAAAUCAGAGCUUACUCAGGCUUCUUCGAGUGAAUGGUAUCGUAAGCAUUGCUUUUCCUUUUGGUAGUCCAUUCUAAGUACCAACCCCAACCCCCACCCUGCUUUCCCUCCCUAAAAGUUUGCUAAGACCGCUGUGUAACCUCGGGUUAAGAGAGGCUCUGUGAGGGUAGAGGGUGUACUCGAUAGCCUCACAAAUGAACCAGUUGGGGCAAGAACCUGGACAUUUCAUUGCGGAAUUCUGCGCUCUAAACUCAAAGCUAUUGUGUCUUUCGUGAUUGUGUGUACGAUGAAAAUCAAGGUUUAUCUUUAAUAAAAAGAAAAUAAAGACUAAAUUGAGGUGAUAACUCUUAGGGAGAACAAGGACCUGCAGGAGAACCAGGAGGCCAAGGAAGGCAGGGUGCACAGGUAUGAUAAUGUUUCAACAGUGUGCGUGGAUGAGCUACUUCCGCUGGCAACUAAACGAAGGUAUUUGUGUUGUCGCCGCAUUCCAACUAGCUAUUUGUCCUGCGUUCUUUGUUGCGAUUGUGGUCCACUCUUAUCUAUUGUUUUCGCAUUCUUUUCGCUAACCGCAAUUCAUAUUAUGUCAGAUUUUCCCGCAUAAUUUUGCUUUCUCUUGGACAGUUUGUAGAAGUCGACCGUUGAUUUCGUCUUUCGUGUUUUAAGCUUCGCAAGUUCGACACCGCUGACGCUUCAAUUCCGACUACUUUUAGUCCUUCGUGUUAUAUGUUGCAGAGCGUUUGCAAGUGUCUUUUCCACGUUGUCAGUCCUUGCAUCGUUGUCGUUUAUUUCCAUAUGUACUCCGUGUCAACUUGUUAAUUCUUGUGGUUUUUCUAGCAAAGAAAACCGCAACACUUUGCUUAACUUGUAACUGAAUUAACUAACUUGUUUGACAUAUUGAACAAUUUAUAAUCACAACAAUGUGGGAUUGUCAACUCAUCUCCUUUGUCGGAAGAAUGCAUCAGUUACGGCAGAUGUACCUCUUGCGUUUAAAAAUACACUUAAUCUUUUUCUGCGUUUUGCGCAGUAUAUUAUAAAUGGACAUAGCUGUGCCAUUGUGUAUAUUCUUUCCGUGAAUUUCUUCGCUCUGUGUUUUUAGGGAGACACAGGCAAACCAGGAAGUUCUGGUCGUGAUGGAAGAUCCGUAAGUUUUGUACAGGCCGUAUUAUGUAGAAAACGUGUUCCCUCUUACAUGUGAUGUCAAGUUCACGUUUCUCUAAAUUCAUUGGGUGUCUUUGUGUCCAGGGUAUGCAAGGUCCACAAGGAAGGCCUGGCAUCCCAGGAGCAGUGGGCCGACAGGUAAGCCAAAUAAAAUUAGGGAAAAAUGGAAGAUUCGGCUGUGUAAACGAAAUAAAUUAUUAUUUACUCAUGCUACAGUUUAGACAAUCAAUGGACCUGCAGUUAUCUUUACUGUACAUGUUUGUUUGUUGUAAUGUAGGUAAAUAAUUUUGAUAUCCAGUCUGUUAUAUUUCUCAUGCAGCCUAUUAUCUUUCUUUUUGAAGUUGCUGAUUUUUUGCUUAUACCAUAAAGUUCUCAUUCAAGCUUGAUGCGUGUUUGUUUGUUUUUUUUUAUCAUAGGGCAAAGUCGGUUCUCGUGGGAAGUCUGGUCGAGAGGGUCCUCCGGUAUGAAAUAAAUGAAAAUAAUGAUGAAAUAAUUUGCUAGCUGUUUGUACUUUGUGUUUGUUUGUUUGUUAUUAAAGAGUAGACAAUCGAGGCUGAACGUCAGGGUAAAGCAGGAGGGAAUCAUCAAUAGUUGUGUUGUGUAGGCUUUUUAGCUGGCAGUUUUAUUUGCGCUUUGAAGCGUCAGGCGAGGGAAAACAAAAACUGUGAAAACGAACGGCGAAGCCGCGGAGGCUUGGGACGAAAGAUAGCGAUAUAUAUCCUACAACUUCGCCGGUCCUGACGUAAAGGCGCACACAGUGCUAUGCAGCUAUGGAGGCUAAUACGGUGUCGUGUCGCUUAAAAAGGGUUUUUAUGAUGAAUGUUAAAUUAAUGUUCAAAGAAGUUGGCUUUAAGCUUUUAGUUAAGGCCAGUUAAAAUGUUCUUAGCUUAUACAUCUGGAACUAACUCCAAAUGAAUGUUUAUAUAUUUCCUUAUUUACUGAUGAUUAAACCUUUCUGCCUUGAUCGCGACCAAGAAAUUUCUUGCUUGAAACGAGGGGAAGAGGGCCAAUUAAGAUGGAAAAAAAUAUAAUGUAUCUACCUCCAUCUAGGUGUAAAGUGUAAACGUGCUUUUAUUGCCGCAGGGUGCACCUGGGGAGAUGGGUGAACCAGGCUUAGGAGGGGUUCCCGGGCCUAAAGGGAAUAAUGGACCUCAGGGGCGUCCAGGAUCUAGAGGUACCAACGGAGAGCCUGGUCCAGACGGAGAGGAAGGACGAGACGGAGAUCCAGGGAACCCCGGCCUCCCAGGUGAGGAGGGAGAACCUGGGCCCAAGGGUAACAUGGUAGGUGAUUCGUUAGUAAGGCCCUGUUCUUAAGGACGAAUUUAACUCUAGAUUUUCUUAUAAGAAUCCUAUAUCUUGUGUGAAGAAUUUGGAGCGAAGGAAUCGUGAAAGUUGUAUAUUUUUAACGGAUCUAGAAAGUUUUGAAGCAGGGGUGGGGGGAGGGGGGGUUUGAACACAGAAAUCGUUCAACCAAAGCUCCUAUCUUGAUAAUUCCCUCCUUUAGAUGAAACACGUUAUUUUAUCAAUCUAAACUUUCACAGUGCACGUGAACCUUACUCGUAAAGGAUGCAUCUUUAAGUUGAACAGAUGUGAUUAUAUAGAUGUCGUAAAAAUACUGAGAUGUUGAGAUCAAGAAAAAGGAAGAGAAAAUUGUCAGUUAUAUGCAAUCCUAUCCGAAAUUAUCCUGAAGAGGUGACACACUGUUUGCCAAUUUGUGUGUUGGUAUAAAGUUCUUGUGUAGUUUAUUAGUUAGUAACAGUGAUAUUCUAUCACACCUUUUGGAAGAGACCUGUUAAGCUUGUGUACUUAACUGAGGGUUACCAAAAGGGCCUAACAAUCUCUACCCCUUUUUUCUAGGGCUCAAUGGGCCUGAUGGGGCCUCAAGGAACACAAGGCUCUCCAGGAAUAGAUGUAAGUAAAAUACUUUUGUAAAAUCUUCAAGUUGCUCAGAAACAGAACGUUAAUUUGGUGACAUCUGCGUGCUGCUUAGAUCCCUGGGUAAACGAUGUUCUUUUUCCUCCAAAUUUCUCAACGUGCCAGCCGCAACUGACAAAAAGAAGAUCAAAUUAAGUUUAUUUCUACUCAUGUGAACCAAUCUCAAGGUUCGACCUGGGUCUUAACGAUCGAAAAUAGGUGUACUUGCUAUUAGGAAAAAUUGGGGAGAAAGAGAAGGUUGUGUGUUCAAGAUGCAAAAUUCCCUUGACGGAAGUUUUACGUCUAAUGAGGAGAAGAGAUCAAAAUAGUUACUUGAGCAUUGCUUUAUUUUACCGUCUAAAAUAUUUGGUAUCUACUUUCCUUUUAUUCAAGGGUAUUCCUGGGCAGCCAGGGCAUGAUGGUGAGCCUGGGGACAGGGUAAGUAUCUAUCGCACUUGCAUUUUUAAGCAUCAAUAUUGCUAUGAUUGUGCAAUUUCCAAUUGAAUGUCGAAUUUUAUCCAGAAUUACAUUGGUUUUGAUUUACGUGGCUCGAUGAUCGACUAAAAAAUGCGAGCCGCUCCAACAACCAAUCAGAUGCAAAAUUGUAACCAAUUACUAUGUAGUCACUCAUUUUCUCUCGCGCCAAACGCUGUUCACAUACUUUUUACUUGGAUUUAAUUCUUAGUGAUUCCUUGUGAUAUUUUUCUAUGGUUCAGAUUGGCCGUUGCGAUAACCUUGGCCUUAAUCUUGAGCAGGCAAUCAAAACGCACUCCGUAAAUGACGGGGUCUUCCAUCAUUUUAUUGUCGUGUUUCCAAUCAGGGUAAAUCUGGAUUUGCUGGCUUAAGAGGAGCAACUGGAUCAAAAGGUGAUCAGGUGGGAAUUUGCGUGAAUAUGUAUUUUCAUUUUGUUAAUAGAAGUUAUCUAUUCAAAUCCUAAUAUUCCAUGUCAUCCCUGACGAGUAGAUCGUUUUCGCAUGACAUCACGGAGGCUAAUCUCAGCAGUGACCAAACCUUUGAUUGGAUACCACGUUGGUGUCCAGGGCAACUCUGUCGGAAUUUAGCACUUUCAUAUGUAUGCAUACAGUUUCCAUAGCCGCUCAGCAUGGGACUGAAAGCGUCCUGUCGGCUUUACGAUCGGUACUAUUGGUCAGUGAGGGUGGUGGCCUGAAUUCGCUUUCAAUAAUGGAGUAAAAUGCUAUCUUUGUUCAAGACGACUUUUUCGUUGCAAAUGUAACAUCAGAAUGAGCAUCAUUCGUUCUCGCUUUUGGAAAAUGGCACAAAAAUGUAUGCGAACAAGGGAAAGUAAACGUCCAUAGGAACAAAUAUUCUUCGGGUAAUCACACCUUACCCCUUCGAAAGAUGUGUUCAAGAGGGAAGGGAGCAGGGUUGAUAAGGUUCUAGAGAGAAGUGGAAAACAUUACCCUCUCUAAACCCACCCCAGAUCUCGGUAAUCCUUACUAAUGAUGACUAAUAUUAGGAUCUAGGGGGGUCUUUUUAAAUUGUUUUAACCUCCUUACCUCAACCCUGGACUAACUGGCACUUUUGUCCAUCACUGUGGUUAUAUAAAGUAACUGAAUUGUAAGAACUGAUAUUAUUAUUUUCCAAAGGGUAGGAAAGGACAGAUGGGAAGACCUGGGCCCCAUGGCAUCGCGGGGAAACGAGUAAGUAGUGUAUAUUUUAAUGUCUGUGUCUCAUAGGCUCCACACAGAAUAUCUUUGCAUGGGUUGAGAUAUCUAAGAGGGUCUACACGCGGUUAACCAAUAACCGUAAAACAGCCAAAAAAAUUAGCCGUUUAGCGUGAAAAUUGACAAAUCUUAACUGUUACUCGUAAAAAAUGUUAAUCAUAAAAAACAUUUCUGGUGAUGACAAUGAAAAGGUAUUCACCGUUAGCCGUAAAUUGGUCAGAAUUUUAACCAUUAGUAGUAAAAGCCAUCACCUUAUUGAGAUUCUCAUCAGUUUCGUGUUGUGAAAAUUAACAAUUCUUAACUUCUUUCCUUGUAUGACUUCCCUUUUUAAAAUUGACAGUUGGUAUUUUAAACCGUUAAUGAAAAGAAUUUCCUGAAACAUUUACUCCGUGUCAUCAAUUCGUUUGCGUUGUUUCUUGCCAGGGCAGUCAAGGAGCUCCGGGGCCGGUUGGAACAGCUGGGGAGCCUGGGGGAAUGGUAAGAUUUCGUAACCGCGUAUGACUGGGUAUAUUGAUGGAACAAAUGCCAUAAAGUCGCCAAAAGGAAUGAAUGAAAAGAUAUAAAAUAAAUAUAUAAAAUGGGAUAAACUGAAACCGAGGUCCAUAUUCAGUUAAAAAUCUCGGUCGAACUGAAAGAAUUACUUGACUAAAGGAUCAGAAAGACGGUAUCCAGAAAUUUAUGGUUUCGACGGUCUUGACAAUCUUCAAACCCGAAUAAUUCAAGAAAUAUCGCUAGAUAAGUAACUUUUAUAUCCUUCAAAUUGUGUAGAAACAUACGACCUUGUUGGUGAAAAAGCUUUGGAGUGAGACAAAAGAUACCGAAAUAAAACCCCUAUAGGUCUGAUGGGAAGGGAUCCGGACACUACGGUCCCUUCCACUGGAUCCGCCACUGCAAAAGCAGCCGUUAAUUUUGUCUUUCUGUCCGUCCGUCUUAUGUCUGUCGGUCUCUUGAUUUAUGUAAUGGUUACAUAAUCUUCCACAGGGUAAAAGAGGAGCUGUCGGAUACCCAGGUGCAGCCGGAAGAAACGGAAACAAGGUGAGCGGUGAUGAAUUCUGGUCUAAAAUAUCAUAUUUGUAAAUUUAAAAUUACAAAAUUACUACCGAUGAGCGAGUCCAAACUCGAACAUGCGUUCUCAAUCCUUUACAACUCAACAUCAGUAUGCAUAAUCUCCAACCUGUUCUCUACAUGUCUCCCAUGUUAUUGACCACAAAAAUUUAUUGAACAAUCAUUGGUGAUCUUUUCCUAUAUUGGUAUUACAUAAAAAUUUGAUUCAGUAGUGAUACUGUCAGGGGGUUGAGGGUUAUUUUCACAAUUUCUGGCGAUUAAAAAAAAAACCUACCGACUGACGAAGAUUAAAGGAACUGCAAAAUCAACUGAACUGACUCGAAUCUUUUAAAUUUUUUAGUACUUUUAAAAUCACAAAGUGAUACUGCUCUUUAUCUCAUCGCAGGGCGAUUCUGGUAUUCCAGGGAUGCCCGGAACUCCAGGAGUUAAGGGAGACGUGGUAAGAAUCACAGACGAAAUACAUGCCUCCCUAAACAAUCAGUAUUUUAUCAGUUUUACUCAGGAAACUGUAAUGAAAAUUUAAAUUAUAGGUCGAAUCAUUUUCUGGUUCAUUUCUAUUGUUGUUUGUUUGUUUGCUUGUUUUAUUUAGGGAGAACCUGGGGAUCUUGGGCAGCCAGGACCAAGGGGAAUACAGGUACGUAACGUUAUAGACGAUAGCUAAAUAACAGAUGGCUUGCUUUAGCUUUGCAAAAAAAUCGCUCUCACAGUAAGAUAUUUUAAGUAAAUAAUCGUUACCUUCGUGCGUGUCUUCUAGUCCGUCUCGCAGACUUCUAGGGCCUUUGUCCUUUGUUUACUUUGAAGCAUAAUUCAUUUUCGACGCUGCGCUUUGUUCCUAAACAGGGAGCUCGUGGACCGAGGGGAAAAGCAGGACGCGAUGGAGAAUCAGGAAAGCCGGUGAGGAGUACUUUUUGCUACCAUCAAGUGAUACUGGGGGAACCCAACAGGCAGUCAGAGUGUUGGCUGAGAUAUAUCGGUUCCUCCUAAGUUAUGUUUAGUGUUAUUCGCAAACAGAUUGACAUUCUCUUCAUGAAUUUUUGCUCAAGAAAGACCCUUUCCUUUUUUUUUGAAUUGUUAUUUAUCGUCAAACACCAAGCGGAAGAUUAAACUUCAUGAGGAUGUCUUGGAAAACAGACUUCCUCUCGCACUGUUAGGGAAUCCUGGUGAAAUGUCUAUGACAACAUCGCGAUGAACUGGCAUCCUAUCCAGGGGAGUAGCAAUACGCAAUACUCCCAGUCACGUUAUGCUACAGACACUGGGAUGAGUUGCGGCAGAAUGGGGCCACCUGGCUCGAGUGCAGCCUUCCCUCUGUCCCUAUUAUUUUGCUUUGCUGCCUUGCAAGUAAUGCCGAUAUUCUUUCUAUGCAAAUUGAUCAAAUUGGCUGACAUCUCGAUAAAAAAGAUAAAUUGAUAACAAAAUGGAGUAAGAAUCAAGAGUAAGAGUAAAAUCAUGACGCCGUACUGAGUUCAAAGGCUAAGAGGUGUGGUCUUUGUUAGCCCUAUUUCUUUCUAACGCAGGAAAGUUCUGGGUACACUUUGCUUCUUUUACAGUGCUUGUAGACGUAUUGAAAGUCUUCAAACAUCGUAUUCGGUGGUUGUAUCAAGGCUUUAACUCUUUUCUUUGACUUUCUGUGAAAUUUAGGGAAUGCCUGGCGAUGACGGUCGUCCGGGAAGACCUGGAAGAGAAGUAAGCAAAAUGAAAUAGAAAAAGGAUCGAUAGAAUUUUACGUUCUUCUACCGACGGCAGAAAUGUUGGAUUUUGAGUCAAAGUAGCGUUUGCGUUCGGUAUGCAUCAAUGUCCGUUGUUUUGUUUUAUGCAGGGCUCUCGUGGAAUGAUGGGAAUGCGAGGCUUUAACGGUGCAAGAGGAGAGCGGGUAGGACUUGAGAAUUUAAGUUUAUUUUUUUGUGAAAAUGUAAACAGUUUAUGUGAAAUGUAUUUUAAAUUAACAAACGGGAUAUUUGUCGUGUGAUUACACAUUUGUGAACAGUAUUUCAGAAGCGAUUUAAUAUCACGAUAUUAUUUGUAAACAGGGUGUGGAUGGACGCCCUGGUGCCAAUGGACGCACAGGACCUCGAGGAGUAAAGGUGCAGACAUUGUAGAUAUGUGAUAAUAAAAUAUGUUGGAUAUCAUUUAUCACCAUAUUUACAUGAUGGUCGAGCGCGAAAUCCGAAGGCCUGGGGUUCGAUUUCUCUUGGCACUUAGAUUUUUUCUUUUUUUAUCUGUUGCACUGUUGCACUCUCGUGACAAAACUAAUAACUGACCUUCAUUCUAAUCGUCCGGGUGAGGAAAGUUCGAAAAGGUUUAUUGACGUUGGCGUUGACGUUGCCUGAGGUUUCAAAUACGCAAAAGGAAAUCUUCCUCAGAGUCUACUGAGGAGUUUUUAGUCAGUCUUAGCAGUCUGUAGCGAAAAGGUCGUCCGUAAGGGGACGUUGAAAUAAUGUUAGAAACUGUUUUGAGGAGUCUGUAGGUAGAUGUUUAUUUUUUAAGCUAGGAGGAUAUCUAUUUGAUAGCUUUUAACUCAAGAGGGUGAUGAAGGGGUGUGUUUUUAUUAUAUUGGUAUUCAAUGCCUUCUUUUCGCCAUCUUAAAGGGUGACCGUGGUCGCAAGGGCGCCACAGGAAGACCUGGGAGAUCUGGAAGGCGUGUGAGUAGACAAGGACCAUCUGUAUAACAGGCUUUCUUUGGAAAUCUUUUAGGGGAGUUGGGAAAGAUAGUAUGUCCUUGACUGACUCGUCAAAGGAUAGUCAGUGGUUUCCCUAAAAUGGGUACAAAUGUGUAGUUUAGAACGGCAGGUGGGUCUUGCAGUCGCAUUUUCCUGCAUUUUGAGGUAAAUUCCAAAAUAUAUUACAUGGUCAAAAUCUUCUACAAAGGGCCAAAGACACCUUAGUCUUAAAUCGGCAAAAAAUGCAUCCUACCAACAAAACAAGGUAAUAAUUACUUUGCUUAGUGCUCCAAGGGGUGUAUCUUAAUUUCGUCAAUUAAUUUGAGUUUUCUUUGACAGGGUCGUCGAGGUAGGAUGGGAGGGCCUGGAUUUCGAGGAAGUCUUGGAUUAAAGGUAUUUAACAUACUUCUUGUUUGGACCCUGCAAUGCUAACUUUUAAACUCUUCUACGCAUGCGUUUAACUGUGCGCGGGAUGUCAUAUACAUGAUGUGAAUACUAUUUUUUAUAGGGUCUAUCGGGACCUCAAGGAGCCCCAGGCUAUCCCGGCCGCGUAGGGCGUAAGGUGAGUUUUUUUUUUUUUUUUUUUUUUGGAAAAUUUGUAAAUAGACUUAUUCACAGUCUUGAUAGCAGCGGAUUUAUUUGCAAAUGUGAAAGAAAAUAUGACUUGGACAAGCAGUAAAAGUAACAAAAAAAAAAUAGUAACGCGUGUAUGCUUACCGUAUUUAAUUUGAGCAACCCUUCAUUGAUGUGAUAUUUUAACCGACUCUUUUGAGCGCUAUUUGCUGCAUUGUGGUAGACUUAAAGCCUUUAAGAGGAAACAGAAUUAUGCGGGCUUCAAAGUGCAACGCAGUCCAAAUUUGAAAUCAAAGAUCGCUUUGAAAGAAGUGAAAUCAGUGGCUUUAACCAUUUACUCCCAAGAUCAGUAUGCAUAUUCUCCACAUGUUCCCUACAAUGUCCUGAGGAGCUGACAAGGAGAAUUUGUUUAACAAUCGAGAACUUCUUUAGUUCAGGAUCAAUUCUUUUAUUCUCGUGACCUUAAAAGGUGAUUCAGAGGUGAAAUUGUAAGGAGAAAUUAGAUGUUAAUCACACUUAAGGGUCAAAAGGUUUCAGCAAUACUUUAAGCUGAUAGUGCUUCUCGGUUAGAACUUAAUUACUCCCAAAUAAAAAUAAAAUGUUAAUAAUAAUUCAAACAUUACCUUUAUACUAUUUCUAUUUCAAAGGGAAUCCGCGGAACUAACGGCAAAGAUGGAAAGGCCGGAGAUAUGGUUCGUUUGGUUUGAGUCACUUGUAACUCAGCUUGCUAGUUUCUAUUCUAUAUAGCUGUACCACCUAAGACCUGUACUUUUCUCAUUCUUUGGGUAACUCAGGAAUUUGGUUGUUUUCAACUGAAUACGUCUUCCGUUUAUUCCUUAGGGACCCCGUGGACCUCCUGGACCAAUAGGACUAUCUGGUUCUCCGGUAAACAGGGCAUGCGCAGUCAAAAACUAGAUUCAUGACAUACAAAUAUCAAUUUUUUUUAGUUAGGGAUCGGCCAGCGCUAUAUACAAAUUUUAAACAUAGUUUUGUCUGCUUAGAAACAACAGGUCUUAAAUAAUUUUACCUCUAAAAUUCUUCAUUUGUAUUUUUAUUAUUAUUUUGUUUGUUUGUUUUUCGAUUCUGUUCGGUAAAUAAUUGUGUAAGGAAUAUUAUCCUGCUCUUUAUUCAAUAGGUAUUUUUUUAAAUUUAUUUCUUUUUUCUUUCGUCUCCUGUAUUUUUCCUUUUUGCAUUAUUGCUUCUUCGUGUCUUUGUAAUUGUUUGGCAUUUUUUAACUAUUUAACUGAGACCUACUCUUCUUUUCAUUCAAUUCCAAUUCUGUUUUGUGCUGAAGGGUAUGCCGGGACGCAUCGGUGAAUAUGGAUUUAAUGGCUUGUCAGGGACUCCUGUGAGUACGAAUUCUUUAAAGACUUGAAAAUGUAGAAAUGUAGGAGCUGUUUCUCUUUCGGGUAACUGACUGAAAUAAAGGACGCUCAAUUGCAUCACAAUACCACAAAAAAUUCCUAUGCCAUCGUUGGUUAUUUUAGAAGUCAUGAAAACAUGAAAUUAUUAACUUUGUCGUAUUAUCCUCUAGUUCAGAAUAGUAGGGAAGAGGAAAUCUCAUGACUAUUCUAACACAAAGAUUUUGUAAUUACGGUUUCCCUGCUUAUUUUCCAUUGUGUUUUGAGCGGUACCAAAAAAGUUAUAUGGUCUUCAAACACCGUGAGUUACUCGCUUGUGUGGUUGUUUAUAAGAAAACUUGGUUUUGAUAGCCUGAAAUCCCUGAAGGUACGCCAUUUAGCCCCUACUUUUGUUCACACAUGUGCAGAAGUUUGACCGCUGUGUUGGCUACAUGGGGUCACAGUGACGAAGAAUCAUGUCAAAAAUCAGCCCAAUUUAAGCGAUCUCACACGAAACUACCCAGAACAAAUGUACGAUAUUAUGUUAAUUGGUGGCUGCAGUAGAUCUCUUGCCGACUUAAACUUUUUUUCCAACAGGGUCCUAAAGGAAAGAAGGGGGCCAAAGGAAUGCGCGGCUCGGAUGGUAGACCAGUAAGUGAAGCAAACAGUUUUGUGUUUGUGUUUAGUUUACUAAAAGAAUGAAAAACAGCAAAACAGCAGCUUACUUGCCACAGUAUGCGUUACCUGGUCAGGGUUUAGUAAGCCCCAUAGCACCCAAAGAACUAUUUGACAAACAUACAGAGAGUGAAAAUCAUAUUUUGUGUUCUCCGGCGAACUAGUAGCUUAGAAAGAGAACUCCUUUCAGUUUUACGAAUCAGGGUUUUAUUUCCAAGGUGUUUCACAAACAGGGCACAUCGUAAAAAAGACUUCUGCGAUGCAGGAUAAUACCCUAUCACAGCGUUUGCAUUAGAUAAACAUUUCUCAUAGAACCGAGAUGAAUUUAUCGAUAAAAUAAAGCCACCGUAAUGUCUUUCGCUUUUUCUAAGGGAUGGCCAGGUAUGCGCGGACGAACCGGAAGGAAAGGGCCGAAAGGAAAGCCAGUGAGUAUUACAUGAAGUUCAAGACUUGCUUUUGCAUCACCAAUUGGUUAUGUUUUUCUUAAAAUGAUUAAUUGAAUAUUUCUCACCAUGUUGGUUUAGGGUGAAAAUGGCUAUCCGGGACUUCCCGGAAACAACGGACGAGAUGGUCAGCCGGUUAGUAAAGUUGAUAUUAUGUAAAUGGCUUGAAUUGUGCUUUAUUAAAUCCAUUUUACAAGGUGGAUUUGUAGCAGCAAAGGGUGUUUUUUUUUUCUAGAAUUUAGUUUAUCCGUGGCCCGUCCAGUUGGAGCUUAUCUUUGUUUCUGUAGUAUGUAGUGACAAGAAGUGUGGCUUUUUUUUCGUGACGGAAUGCCGCUUAUUCUUGGGUUACCCCACUCCCCUCCCUCUCCAGUACUACAUAAGGCUUGCCUGACAAUCCGCCGGUACUCAAUUACACUCCUGGGUGGAGGGGGGCAUUGUAAGAGGGAAGUGUUUUGCUCAAGAACUCAACACAAUGACGAGGCCAGGGCUCGAACCCGCGCCACUCGUUCCGGCGUCCAGGGUAACAACUAUUAGGCCGCCAAGUUUCCAACAAAGAUUGUGAAAGAUAUUUCAGAUGAGAACGAAAUUGGAGUCCUUUGUAUGAAACGUUUUUUCGGAGUACGGGAGUCUCUUCAAUGAAAAUAACUGAUGCAAAAGCUCUUAGUAUAGUUAGGACCGUGUUGAGCAUCGGAAUGUACUUGCAAUCGCCAACAAAAUUGUUGACACAUUGACUUUUUCAACCCCCUCCAUUUACUUUAUUAUUAUCUCUUUUGCCCGUAUUAAGUUAAGCUAUUCGACCUCCCCCUCCCAAAAAAAGAAAAACAAAAACAAUGUUGUAUCGUGAUUCCAUCAAUUUUUUUUAGCUACAUAUGGGCAACACUGAAUGGGGAGGGGUUCUUGUUGAUGAUUUAGAAUGUGAUACAAACAGGAGUGUUAUCCUACACACAAUUAGAACACGCUGAUUGUGGGUAUGGUGCCUCUUUAGCGGAGAUAUCCCAAAAGAGAGUUUCCACCGUUCAUUGUAGAACAAAAACCGUUUUUGGAUUUUUUUCUUGUUUAGGGUAUGGACGGAAGACCAGGAACCCCAGGAUACCCAGGACCUCGCGGCGCAAAGGUGACACGUUUUGAAAUGGACAUGAUAUUUGAACUUCUUAGAAGCUUCUAGAACCGACAACUGUAAUGUUUAAGCGUUUUCUAUUGACAGGGGAAGGAUGGCGUAAAUGGUGCACCUGGAAAGCCUGGGAAGGAAGGAGAAAUGGGUCUUACCGGGCGAAGAGGUUCUUCUGGUCUGCCUGGAACUCGAGGAGCGACGGUAAAUGCUGAGUUGUAUUUUUGUUUUCAACUUUGAUUUUGACUUGAUUCCGCGAAGAACAUCGAAGUUCUUAACUUUAGAAAAUUUUACGAAGUUCUUUCGACUUUAAAGAGUCCAAUGCAAAAAGUUCCUUGUAAUAUCGAGGACUCUACUAAACGAUCCUCCAUAAGGUGCCUAAAGAAGUUUGGGUGGAAGGCGCAAUAAUUGGCUCUUUAACGUAUCUUCCGUUUUGAACACUAGAGUGCGAUAUUUGAAUUUUGCCCGCUAGUUUUUCGAUUUCUGAUUUUAAACACUAGUUUCCUUUUUUUUUUUCGGUUCGGCCACUAGAGUCCAAUUUUUAGUUUUGGAAACUCGUGUCUGAUUUUUUAUUGUGGAUGCCAGUGUUCGAUUUUUGAUUUUCGACACUAGUGACACGGCGUGUUUUAUUGGAACAAAUCUAUUAGUUAAGGCUUCAACAUUCCUUGUCACCUUUUCAAAACUUGAACUUACUUUGUCUUUCAAUGGCUCCAAGGGGCCAUCUGGACCAGCCGGACCAGAUGGAAACAAAGGAUCCCCUGGAAUGAAGGUGAACGGCAAGUUGAAUUCUAUUAAUGUAGUUCCAAGAAAUGUUAUUAAAGCAAUGUUAUGAAAUUAUGAAAUGUUAUGAAAUGUUAUUAUGAAAUGAAGUUAUGAAAUGUUAUUAAAACAAUGAUUUUAAGUAUUGCAUUUGGCGUUGUGCUUGUCGCAGCAAAGUGGAAAGCAUCCUAUGCGGUGAAAAUUAAAGAAACUUUUGAACAUCAACCAGUAUUUCUUUUUUCUUUUAGGGAAGAAAAGGACCCGUGGGUGUGCGAGGAUCGAAGGGCGAAAGCGGUGGUCUGGUGAGUUAAUCUGCUUGUUGGUAUUGUUUUGAAGCGCAAGUUUUGCUAUCUUCAUGAUUCACCUCGAUGAUUCCCCAGUAGCGCCUGAAAACAGAAAAAGUCAAGGCUCAGCUGUUGUAUUUAAAGCGUGCAACUCUUUACAACACUUCAGCUCUUUCUAAUGUGUACCAAGUGUGAAGGCUAAGCUAAAGAUGUUGUACGUGUAUUCUUGGUCAACUUUGCUGUAACCUUGGGGUCAGUAGGAAACCUGCCGCAAGCGUGCUGGCUCAGCUUUUCCCCUAUCAGCAUGUAAUUUGCAACACUGGUAAAAAGGGAAAACGACCAGCGGUUAUCCACAGAUUCCCGGCUUGUUUUUCAUUUAAAAAUGUAUCAAAACGAACUGAUGUGUAAAAUAUAAACAAAGGUUAUGGUUCCCUGAACUGUUGUGCUGCGUCGGCUGGAAAUUGAGACAAAAGAUUAUUAACUAAAAGUUGAUAGGAAGGUUCACUAAUGAGGUAAAGCUGGGUGAUCAUCACAGUAAGGAUGAGGAAAACUAAGUGAGGGAAACUUGGUGUGGAUUAUUAUUGAUGUAGCCUCCCAAGGGAUGGUCUAUUUUCUUGCAACUGCAAUAUUCUUUUUUCCUUAAUCAUUGUUGUCACUCCCAGUUAUCGCUUUUGAGUAAAUUAAAUAAUAAAUUAUGUUGUCGCUCGGUAAAAUUUUACGGAUUUUCAAUGCUUAACUUGAGUGAAAAAAUUUUUUACAGGGAUCGCAAGGUCCCGAGGGUGAUCCUGGAGAACUGGGAAAGCCUGGCGGUGUGGUACGUAAUAAAUUGAUUGAAAUUCGUGUAUAAAGUUAUGUAUGAAUCAGUUUAAAGUUAUAAUUACCUUUACAACCAAUUCACCAGAGCAUGGAAAAGCAAUUGUGACAAUCAAAAGAGUUAGAGAUGUAGUAUAUAUUAGUGGAAUGGAGUGGGAAGAAACUGAAAUAAAAUUAUUAAAUUCCAUCUAUAUUGUUAGUUGGGAAAAAAUAAUUUCUGCGGUAUAAAUAUCUGUUGACUUGUUUCAUUUGUGAAAUAGGGGCUUCGAGGAGCGUCCGGCAUGCCGGGAAAGCCAGGAUUACGAGGAGCAACAGUAAGUCACUCCCUGCAUAAUUACCGUAGUUUAUCAAUCUACGCAACCACUCAAUUUUUCUUCUCAACAUACGUAUGUGUGCUGCUUCAAGGAUUUCUCAGUAAAACGUCACUGAAGGUACUUCGUGUAAAAGCGUCUCUCUAGCUCAAACCCAAGUACUUCACAUUAAAUCAAUCGAACCCCUUACGGAUUCACUCGCCCCCUUACUACAAACCCUUGUUUGAAAAUGAAUCAUCAAACUAUAACUUAAUUAACAGACAUAAUUGGUUAUCUUCAUCCACAGUGUACGUAUCAUGCUUGUGUAAUUGGAUCGUAAGCAUUUCUGUACCCUCUGGGCCUUCCCUUUAGGAAGGCCGUAAGCACUGUGUUACGUGUUGCGGAAGUCCGUUUUUAUUAUUUAGAUUAACUUCCCGAUAACAAGCCUGGGUAGUUGUUAAGAUUUUUUCAUCGUUUUCUUUGUCUUCUGCACUCAAGGGUCGAGAAGGUGAAACAGGCCUUGAAGGUAAUCCUGGAAUUCCUGGAACGAAAGUAAGUGACGUGUACAACUGAUUCCUUGUUCUUUUGUUUUUAAAGUGAUGAUUAAAUUUUCUUCAGUUAUGGUUCCUGGUGUAGAUAUUGGACCAGAGUUCAUUUUAUUAGUCAAAGCUAAGUCUGGAUCAUCGGAUAAUGAAAUUCAAGAGUUUUCAUUGACUUAAGCCUUCAUGGGUUAUGAGUCAUUAUAACACGUGUGCGAAUGAAAACGAGUUAAACCAGAAGUGCUAUUGUACUUUGUAACAUUCCGUUUGUUCUUGCAAAAUAAAGUCGGGGAAAUUUAUCCAUAGCUUGGGGAAUUUUUAAUAAAACAAUUAUUCCACUCGCGCUCCAUUCUCUAAGGGCCUCAUUGGUUAUCUAUCAUCUCAUAUUCAACACGCUUGCGGAAUAAAUGUUUGAAACUUUGUAAUCUUUCAGGGAGCUCGAGGAAGAUAUGGAAAGUCAGGGAAACCUGGUCUACCCGGUCCUCCGGUCAGUUGUAACGGCAUGAUUCAUGCAUAAGUCUAGUAUUCCAUACAUCGUAAAAAUAGGAUCACGCUUUCACAUACACACUUUUUUGAAACAAUAUAAUUGUUAUAAAAUUACGGCAAGAACAGCGCCCCCAAACAUCAUAAAUUUAUUGAAACACCAUUAAAGAUAUUAGUAUCCCAGCCAUUUCCCAGUUUAAAGUGGAAUUAAAUCAUAAUUUUUUUUAUAGAGACAGGUUUGCAUGUCUAAACCGAUUCUCCGCUCAGAACGCCUACCACAUUUAAUGUUUUGCGUGUGAUUUGCGAAACUGAAUAGCGUCCACGAUAACCUGGCGGCCCAGUAUUUCCCUGCAGCCUUCUACUUUCUAAAUUGACAGCCCUGCAAUCUUGUGUUCAUUUUCUUGUGUUCCCUUGAAGGGAAUGAUUGGUCAAGAUGGCAUAUCCGGCCCCCCCGGACAAGACGGCUCAGUUGUGAGUAUAUUACAGCUUUGACGGAAGGAACCCUUUGUACUUUCCUGUAGCUCGUCGCCUCGAUUUAAAAUAAAAAUUACAAGAGCUAAGGAAAUUGGGGAAACAAAAAUAAUUUGUCUAAAAAAAUUGAAGCAAAAAAAACCCUUCAGGUUCCCUCCUCUAGCCCUUAGGUUGCAAGGAUCUGAAAUGUAAUAUUCCAAAGUAGAGAACGUAGAUUUCUCUUUUGGAGCUGAAUUUCGAAUAUGUAUUUAAUAGUUCUUCACCGAGGCCGUGCUAUAAAUCCAUGUCAUCGUUUAUUGGAAAAUAUUUAUUUCUACUUUGUUAACCCUGGGUCGAUUAGUUGCUUGCUGGUGAAUAGUACAAACCUCCUUACCGUUGAGCUAACCAGCCAGCGCGUGCGAAAAGCACUUUCCACAUACGUGCUUUAGAGAUAAAAGCCUCCCUCUGUCCCAAAAAUAUACAUGGAUUAAAAUAUAUUAAAGAUCACCCCUAUUGAAGGCACUAGACAGGAGUGUCGAAACGUUGGGUCUAUGAAUUGUAACUUCUUCGAUUACAUUCAUUAAAUCUGUAAACUAGAGUAGCAUCAAACCAGGUCUGAAUAUACAUGGAUAUUUGUUCGCGAACAUAAUCUACGCCGAUAAACGAACAUAUUCCGAUAGCGAAGCUCGAAGAAAACUGUUGUCGGGUUUGCACUUUGGCAGCAAAAAGGGAAAACUUAUCUUAAUGGCUCGUAAAGUGGUUUCAAAUUGUCUUUUUCAGGGUUUUCCUGGACCCAUUGGGCCGAUGGGUCCCAAAGGACAUGUCGGACUUAAUGUACGUACGUUUUAAACCCUUAGUUUACAUAAUGGCUUCCUAGAAUGCCUAGCCCCAUCCCUGGUGCUUAAAAUGUUAAGAUUAACUUUAUUCAACGACUGACAUAUACGGAAUUACCACAGUAGGAAGACUGCUCUCAAUUUUACCGCGACGUACAUGAUAAUUUGUUUUUUUUUUAAAUUGAGUAUGUAAAUUGGCCAACGUAAAGAGUUUCCAAAGCUAACGUUUCCACGUCAACGUACGGAUACAAGUUGGAACAUAACUGCUAACAAGGCCAAAAUUUAAUACUUAAUACUUUCCAUAGGAUUAUCCUAAUUAUACUUAAUACUCUCAACCUUUUUAUAGGGCUUCAAUGGUUUUGCAGGAAGAGGUGGAGCACGAGGAGAAGACGGUGAAUCGGUAGAGUGUUAGUUUUUAUUCAGUUGGGGUGUUUGUGUUCUUUAAACGAUCCUCAAUGGUUGAUGAGUUUCAAGAGUGAGGGUGUUUUAAGCUCAAGAUGGGGGUGUUUUAAACUUCCAACUUUACGUUUCGGUCAGGAUCAUUUCGGGUUAAGGUAGAGUUUGUACUCUAGGCGAGUGGCCCAUCCAGCCGUGACUUAUCCCGCUUUCCUCAGAAUGAAGUGAUUAGGAGAAUUAGUACUCCCCCCAAGAUAGGAUACCAGUCCAUCCAGUUACCCCCUCCCCCCCUCUCCCCAGCAUCUCAUUAGGUUUCCCUUACAAAUGGCCGGUAUCUACUUAUAUUCCGGGGUGGAGAUGAAAGUAAAGUUUUUUGCCCAAUAACACGACACAGUGGCCCGGCUAAGUCUCAAAUUCGGACCUCUCGACCCAGAGUCCAGCAACUGCGUGUCUCAUCAUAUCGGGUAAACAAAGGCUUGAUUUAUGAAAUCUUUUCCUAUUUUUAAGGGCGAUCAAGGUCCAAAGGGAGCUGAUGGUAUACCUGGAGAACCUGGUUUAGCGGUGAGUUGAUCUGUUUGAACAUGCUUUUGGUUCUUAUGGCUUCACCUCCAUGUCCUUAUUUCUUUAAUGGACCCUAGCGGAAAAUAUUUGGCUCGAGGUCAUGACGUAGAGAACGAGCGUAGAGAGGACCGAGAGCCAAUUGCUUUGCCCUCCAGCCCGACCAAGCACUAUUUCUUCUUUUCUCUCUCUUCCUUUCUUCCUUCAGCUUGCAUCUCGAAUGGUCGGAAGACUUUUCCAAGCCUGCUCACAUCAUCGUGUUUCGUGUACGGCUCUCAUUCGUGGCGUCGCGGGGGUCGCAUUCUACACCUUUCUUGCCUUACGUUUUAAGUUUUUAUCUCGUCUGUUGUAGGGAUAUCCCGGCAAAACUGGAGAUCAAGGAGCAGACGGCCGCCCAGGGAGAGAUGUGAGUUUGUAGUUAAAAUUUUUUAAUUUGUUUCGUUCUUUGGUUGGUUUUGUUGGCUUACUUGUUCUUUGGUUGGACGGAGAAAAUUUAAUUUCGAAGUUUGGGAAAUCUUUUAGUUGUGCCCCAUAAAGGUUACAGGUGGAAGCUACUUUGAACAAUAUCUCUUAAGAGGAAACUCUGCAUGUGUGACUUGGCGAAUUGCAUUCGGGCGCCUUCCAGUUUAAGCCUUACUUUUCAGGUCUUUGUCAGGUCCUGAACGGGGCAGGAUAGUAUUCACAUCCGAACAGCCCAAGGGGAAGAAAACUCGCGCGUCAAGAGUUUAAUUUCGAACUUUUUUUUGAUAUACUGAAACAAACUAUGUUUUUUUUAUUUUGAAUUAAUCACCUCAGUGUCGGUGAAAGUGGUGGAUAUUUACCUUGCUGCUUCGCAGUUCGGUAAAUAUCCUCCACUAUUUACCUCCACUUCGGUAAAUAAUUGUUAAUUACUACUACAAUUUUUUACAGGGUCUAUCUGGUUUAGACGGAACACCCGGAGAGAAUGGCGCCUCAGGAGAACGGGUACUUUAUUUACGAACUUAUUUUAAAUGCUUAUUUUUAAAUGAGUCAGCAUUUACGGUUAAGUUUGUUGCUUACUUUCAGGGAGAUGUCGGGAACAAUGGGACUGAUGGAGCUAUAGGACCUCCCGGUGAAAUGGGAAGAAUGGGGGAAGCUGGGGAUAAAGGCAUUCCAGGGUUCUCAGGUGAACCGGUAAGACCUUUAGUAUGAAUCGUGAAGUGCGAACAGUAAACCUUGAAAUUUGAUAUGUUACAUGUGAAGUUUGAAACGUGGAGCGCGAACCGUGAAGCGUAAAAUUUGAGCUGUGACGUGUGAAGUACGAAGUGUGAUGUGGAAACAGAUAAGCGCUAUGCGCGAGAUAUGACUUUCGAGGGAAGAAUUGUGCUCGGUGAUAGAAUUUCUUAAAGCUUUUGGCAUAAUGCGAUAUAGCCGCGCUAUAAUAUAAAUUUGUGUUUGCACAAUGUGGCAGAGAUAUUUUUGGCACCUUCUGAGCAGAUUCGCACUGUUAUGAGAAAUAGCUAGUUGGAGAAAGUGUUUCUUGCUGAACACGUGCGCAGCCCCUCUCAAAAAAAAACCCUAAUUGAAAGAUCCAAAAAGACCUCCUCUUGCCUCUCCAACCAUUAAAUUUCAGGCAAGUUUAGAAUUCUUGUAAACGUGCUCUUAAGUGUUGCUAUUUAAUUAACUUGAAUAAGUGGUUUUAUGUUGAAGGGUCGCUAAAACCCUAAGAAUUUCAUUUAUGAACCUCUUUACUGCAGAGGAAAAAGUUGUUAAGUGUAUGCGACCAUCUUCAUAUAUUCUUCCUUGCGUUACAGCUGAACGUUCCGAGAAAAAUUUUACAAAUAUGACGUUAAUUUGGAUUUUACUGAUCACCACUUUUUUUUGUCCUUUCGCGCUCUUAUAGACCUUGCACGUUUGCCGCUAGUUAUGCUUUAUGUAUCAUUAUUAAUUGACUAAAAGUCGUGUUAUUCUAGUCAGAUUCUAAUACCAGGCGAGUAAUUUUCGUUCUUGCUUGAUUUUUGUUUUGUCAUCAAGGGUGAUUUGGGUUCCGACGGAGAUGAAGGGGAAUUCGGACACAAAGGACAACCUGUAAGUUAUCCUGCUUCGUUCAAAAAAAUUAAUGUAAACCUCUCAUCUUUUCAUCCUGAUGAAAUGUACUGCGAAGCUAGGCUCCUAGAAAAAACAACGUGUGCUUGCAAAGCUCCGGUAUCAGAAAUCUGGGGAACCAAGGGCUUUAAAGCGUUAAUAAAUGGACAAUUCAUCGGGUCACGCCGCUUGCCUUUGAUAAGCCGGCUCUGCUAAAGCCCAGCCCGAGCACGAGAACUCAUGUGGUGCUCCUUGGAAAUGCAGUAGCGGUGAAGCCCUCCUUUCAACAAAUUCUGAUCCUAUAUCAGACCUGGUCUCUGAGAUCGAAACCCUUUUUCAGAGCUACAUGUCACAAUGAAGUCACAUAUAAACUAAAUGUGUCGCCGAUUGUGACUAGUUUGUUCCAUCAGCACUGGAGUCAGGAUUUGGUCAGAUUCACCCAUAAUUCCACUCUCUGUUAUAUUGUGCUUACUUUCUGUUUGUUUGUGUGUUUGUUUGUUUUGUUCACAUACAGUUCAACAGAUAAAUACGUUCAUAUGCUCAGGUGGCACUCUCAAAAACCACGCCCAAUUUUUAUCACAACCACCUUCAAAUCUGUACCGUAACCUCUGUUUUGCUUGAGAACAGUCUUAAUAUUUGACUUUCCCUUUCCCCCCCUCCCCCGCAUCCAGGGUCCUAUGGGAAUACAAGGUGAUGAAGGAGAGACUGGGCGAGCAGGUCGGCAAGUAAGUUUACUUUUUAGUGCUGAGUUGGUCAGCCUUCGGACCCAACUGGUUCAUUGAUUUAUCGAUUAACAUUUAUUGUUUACAAUUGUAAUUACUAGUACUAUUUCUUAAUACAUUAGUACAUUUUUGUGAACAGAUGUCAUCGUUUAAGAUUUACAUGUCAAUUUUGUAUGAUGAUUUGUAUUCCUAUGUGCAUAACUAACAAUAUCGAAAACCUUUCAAGUCUAAUUUUUGUUUUACAUGCCUAGGGUGAUCCAGGAUUAUUAGGACUUCCGGGAAUCCCUGGUCCACCUGGAGAAGAGGUAAUGUUUAAUUUUCUACUCGUAGAAAACUUAUCUUUGGGAUAUUGGAUGUGGAUGUUUUAGUGCUUAAGUGUAGGGGGCAGUACGUGAUUAGUAUUCAUAUCGCAAUGUUACUUUGGAAUUAUGUUCACGAAGAAAACAUGUUGCACUUGUUUUACGUAUGCACAAAGUUGACGGUACCCUUCACCCAUGAUUAUGUUCAUGCUAAUUGGUGAUCAGAUCAAUUUUUUUUACUAUCAUCUUUAAGGGUUUACAGCCCUUGAUAACCAAAGCAUUACUUAAAAACCGAUUCACAUCUCCAGUACCAAGUGCACAGGGCAGGAAAUCAACUUUGUUAUGAAAUUUCGUUUAUUUUAAUAACUUCAUGGGUUUAAUAAGUAAAUUUUAUAUUGAUGCAAAGUUUACCAGCUUGUUCUAAAAAGAAAAGUAUCUAUUUUACAGGGGAGGACAGGGGAGCCUGGUAGCCAAGGAUCAGCCGGCCCUACCGGACCCAAGGUGAGUGACGCUGGUAAGAGGCUUUUGAUUGGUUGGUCAAAGUAAAUCACAUUUAAAACCUAUAAGACUGGUAUAAAGAUUUCCCUUGCCACUCGAUAUUAGACGAGGGAAUUCGAGAAUAUUCAUUCUUUCUGUCUUUUCGUCAUCAUUCAUCUCAACUUCGUUCCCGUCUCUCUCUCAUUUCGCUUGGGAAAGAGGUCGUACUCAUCCAUAGCUGUCUUUCUACUUAAGGGCGUGAUGGGGCCUCAAGGACCACCAGGCCCUCCCGGUUAUGGCGGUAUGGAGGUAAGAUGAUAAUAACAGAUACUAAAUCGCACCUGUUGUCCCUCAGGGAGAAGCUGGGGGUUCGUUUUCUGAUUUUCCUGAUAACGACCGAUUCGAAAAAGUUGAUUUUUGUUGGCCAUGGCAAUAAACAUGAUCGAGAUUUGACUCAAGCGAUGAAGUAACUAAGAAAUGAUAUAAGAUGUAUUGAUCUUGGAGCCACUGUUCCUUAGAUUGGGAUUUUAAGAGGGUUUUCGGACCCGUGAAGUUACUUGGAUUUCCGUGGAACGGGCCCGUGUUCGUUCGAGUGAGGCUCAUGAAAUCAGUCCAUUUGUAUCACCAAUACAAACCAGUUUGUUAGAUAAUGUUAUACUACUGCACUGAUCCUAAAGGCUGAGUCUUCUCAAACACAUUACUGUACAUAAUUUGUAUCAUACUUAUGCUUUGUGAAUUAAAAUCUAGGGGCGACUUGGGCCUGAGGGUGAAUAUGGUGAGCCGGUAGGUGUUCAAACUGUUGUUUUACCCAGUUUACAUAGAAUCGGAAUAACUUGAAAUAUCCAUAUUAGAAUCAUUUGUCACUCAGCACAUUUCUACGCAACUUUUUCCUUUAAAACCCACAAACUGUGACAUUUAUUCCUUUUUUCAUUUAACGGUCAGCAGAAAAUGCUUUUCAUAAAAUUGAGAACGAAAAUGGUUCUCAUCACAAAUUUCCAUUUCCAAAUAAUGCCACAAACUUUGUUUCCACAAAAGCAAAAUUUGGCGAAUCUUCGAUGUAAAACUCGUGCACAAUGUUGAUGCCUAACGGUAUCUACCAUCCAAUGGGUACAUUUACUUCGCGGCUCUAGGUUAAUCAUUAAUCAACAAGAAAAACAUCGAGAGAAUAGCAUGCUUUGUUUUAGUAACUGCGUAGAUUUGUUUAUACAACACAGUGAUCAUAUCUUUUCUGUGUUCUUCUUCAGGGACCAAGAGGACCUCCCGUAAGUGCGCCAUUCAUAAUAAAUAGGACGCAGAAAUCGAGGCCUUGAUCGUUUUUGAUAAUAGCUACAUGAUGAUGGUCUUGAGACUUCACAUCAUGCUUUUGUAUUGUGAUUUUUACUGCUUCCAAUUACUUUUUCGGUCUCUAUUCUAAGCUGUUAACGUUAUCACUGAAAGUGAAUAUUUUCUUUUGGUUUUGUAAAAUUGAUAAAAUUGAUACAUCCAAAACUGUGUCCAUUUGAACUUGAUAUUGUUUGUCACGUGUUUCUUCAUCCUUUCCCUAUCCACCCUUCAAUCGAUCUAUUUUGCUUUCUUGAACUAAUUCGCCUCAUCGGUCGUUUGUUCUUUAAACUAUUCACCCCUCGAUGUUUUUUUAAUUUUUUUUGUAUAAAAAUAUAUUUUCAAGUUAUUUGUGUCAAGUAAUACGCGAUGAGACCAUUAUUUUCAUUUUGCUUUUUCUAACUUUCUAGGGGUAUGACGGAGUACCGGUAUGUUAUAUUCUACUAUUAAUUGUUUUUUUAAGUGGUAUUUUCUUUACACUCUAUUAAGUCUUUUUGUUGUUGUUGUUUAUGCGCUCUUUCUGAUUCAUGAAAUCACUUAUUGUCGUACGCAGGGUGACCCAGGCCCUCCUGGUCCGCCCGGCGAGAAGGUAUGUAAUAUGUACUGACACAUCGACAGUUUGUCUGCGCUCAUUUAUACUCCUGGGUGGAAAGAGGUGUUGUGAGAGUAACCUGGUCCUCACUACCCACAUUUCAGCGCUCUUUAUCCGUCAGGCAGCGAGAGUGUUUUCGCAAGGAGGCAUUUUAUCAUCCAUUGAAUCAGACCAGAGUAGGGUAGUUAACACUACAGCACAUAGUUAAGAAAUUAUAUGAUAAUGAUAUCAAAUAUGAACGACAGUGACAUUGUUUUAAUACCUUGUCUUCUAAAUCCGCAGGGGCCUCCAGGGCAAUAUAUCUACCCGCAGCCGGUAUGUUAAUAUUGUCUUCCACAACCGUCAUUUUGGCUCGUAAUGCCGCUCGCUUCUUGUUGGGUAACGAAUCGAACUUAAAACUAUAAGGAAUCCAGCAGGUCAACUUCUAUUCGAAAUUUUGUAGAGAACAAGAACUGUUACAGUCGAAAGCUAUAGAGUUUAGAAAGGGGACGAAAUUACUGCAAUGGAAGUAGGAACGCUAUUGGAAACGAUGGAGAAACGUGUAAACAUGCAAUCGAUAAACCCUCUAAUUGUGGUCUUUUCGUUGUUUCCAUUAAGCCUUUUCCGAGAGAGUAUUCACUUAGAUAAAGCAAGUCUAUCUUAAAAUCGGUGGUAUAUUUGCUCACGUCAGGAUUGUAGUAUCCGUCACUCCGCACGCGGUGCGAACCUACACCGUAUCACCUGAUAUUUCAUUGAACUAGUUUUAUCUAACGUGGCGCGUGUUCAUUGAUGGUCUUACAAGGGUGAAAAGAAAGGAUGUAUGACUGACAGUUAAAAUUCACUUUUGAAUCUUUGAAUCGUUUAUGAAAUCAUUCAGAUUUAAACUAAAAAGCAAGGAAGCUGCAGGCAUUGAUGGGAGCUUCCAGAACGUUAUUAACGGUCAGGUUCAAAAAGCCAUUUAAUACGUGUGAGGCAAAAAAAUCUGCCGCGUUUUAAAAAUCAUCGCAUUUUACGGUUAUUUGUCAAACUGGAUCUCGUAAUAUGGACUUACCUCCCUUCUCGAAACUUUCGUUUCCAAUUUAUUCCAGCCUGGUAUUUCCACCGGAGUGAACAAGAAGGGUCCAUUCUCCAAUCGUCGGCUCUACUCGAGUAACCAGGUAAUUUAAUAAGUCAAUUGUUUUGUUUGCUUGAUUCAAAUAAAGUGGAGCUUAACUUUUUGGACACAUCUAUAAAAAAAUUAGAUAAAAAGAAGUCUCUACCCAAAAUAGUUGUCCCGCUAGCUUUGUAUCCGUUACAUUUACGUAGGGGGAAAAACCUAAUCAGUGGGGAGUUUCUCUAGUUCCGUGGAUAUCGAUGGCCCCUUCAAGGAAGAUCCACUGUAAUUUGGUCGACUUCCAGACUUGUAUAAUAUGAAACAGCUGAUCUUUUACGAUAGGCAUGUCAGAGCAGAUGCUACUUUGGCAAUUAAAGAUUGUAGCCAGAAUUUUCCUUGAGAGUCCAACUCUUGUAUCUCGUUGGCAUAACUGGUCAGGCUGUUCUAUGAUGAUGAGUUGUGGGAAGAGGGGUUGCAUGUGCCACACCACUUCAACUCCCCCCCCUCCCUUCCUCCCUACUUUUUAGUUACCCUCUUUCUGUUCAGUCUAUCAAGAAAGAUAAUUUGUUACCUAUAAUUUGCGAGCACUUAUUGUGACUAACAUAAAGGAAAUGAUUGUAUCUGUUUUUUUCCCGCUUUUCUCUAUAAAGGGGAGAGACAAAGAAACCAACACCGCUGAGGAUCAACUGCAGUUAGACGUGGGUGACUUUCUUACCCAAAAUUAUACUUUUAAUAUUUGCACCUAAAAUCAUGCUUUUUUCAAAAUUAAUGAUCAUAGUUUUUUUUAGAUGUCACAAGCAAUAGAUUACUACCUGACUGCUCUUAGCUAUGUCGUCGAGAAUUUCAGAACACAAAACGGCACCAGGCGAUACCCUGCACGUUCAUGUCGAGAGCUUCAUCUUGAUUUUCCCGAGUAUCUAAGUGGUAUGUAAGAAUUGACCUGAUAUCAUAUUUAGUUUUCUCUCACACAAGUCCAACUUUGUCAUCAACAAAACUUCCUCAAUGGAAACAUUUUGAAAGGGCUUGGGAUCUGACUAAUGUCUCUAUUCUAGGAAGAUACUGGAUUGAUCCAAACGAGGGUUGUAUUGAUGAUGCGGUUCAGGUUUAUUGCGACUUUGAGGAGCAAGUCAACUGCAUAGAGCCUAAAAACCAUAAGGUUGGAACUCUUCCUAUACUUUGAACGCCUCUUUAUUGUUUGGUCUCCCUAGAUUAUUUUCAUGAAAAUGUUACAACUAACUCUCUUUAUGGACGAUGCCGCACGAGAUCAAACACCUUCCCAUCUUUGGGUGGAGUGAAAGAACUGAAACUGCUCUUUGAAAUGUUUGCAAUAUGUGUGAAAUGCUCAGUAUUAUCGACACUCGUUUUCAGGUUUGUAAAUUAUCACACUCCUUCUCUCUCUUAGAUCACGAUUCCGACCCUCUCUGCCAAUCAGUGGAUAAGCGAAGUCAACCUUCAAACAGAAACGGUAAGUUGAUUUGCCAAAUGUGAACAGGACUCUGGGUUCAUCGAGGAAUCAGCUCAGGUUAGAUAAGUACGUUUUGAUUUCAGGCAAUGCAAGGAACGAAUUCCCCAGAGAAGGUACGGAAUAUGAAAUCCCCUCUGCCCGACCACACUGUGCUUGCAAUAUUUCUUUGUCGGGAUACCGGUGGUGGGAAAAUGAAAUGAAUGAUUGGAGAUAUGGUUUCUUAAAACUGCGUUAAUUCUGGUUUUUUUCUCCACAGUUUGAAUACAAGGCAACGACUGGUCAAAUUAAUUUUCUAAGACUCUUGAGCAAAGGAGUGUAUCAGAACAUAACGUAUUCGUGCUUCAGAGAAAAUGAUAACGACUGCACCAUUGAACUUCAAGGAGAAAAUGAAAUGGAAUUCAGAUCAUCAGAGCGAACUAAGCCCAGCUUUGUUUCCACAGAUUCCAAGGUUUGGAUGAAUCAUCAGUUUUUCCAUUCCUUCGUUUCUCUUCGUCCAUGUUUAUUUGUCUUCUCUCGCCUUCGUGCGUUUGUGGCCUCGAAGCUUCGACCUUUUGUCCCUCCAUUCCUUUGUUUCGUCUCUCCUUCGUGCCAUGGUACCAUUGUGCCUUCGCUCCUUCUUUCCGUCGUUUUUUCGUUUUUCGUUCCUUCGUUCUUUCGUUCUCUCAUUCCUUUUUUCCUUCCUUCCUUCGUUCUUUCGCUCCUUCGUUCCUUCGUUCCUUCGUUCCUUCGUUCCUUCGUUCCUUCGUUCCUUCGGUGCUUCUUUGCGCCGGUGCUUAGUUCAUUCGUUCCUUUUUCCCUCGUUUCUUCAUUCCCUUGUUUCUUCGUGCCUUUGUCCCCUUUGCCUUCCUUUUUUCUUACAUCCUAUACUUUUCGAUUUAUUUUUUAUUAUUUAUUCGUUUGUUUGUUUAGGAGAACGAGCUCUCGGGUCGUCAAGCAGUUAUGGAAAUCAAUACAAAACGCACAGGUGCUUUACCAAUAGUGGACUUUGCCCGAACUUACGUCAGUGAAUCAACAGGGCCUUUCCGUCUUGAGAUCGGACCCGUGUGUUUUAUGUAUUAAAGUUAUGGAUCUGGACUCCCUCUAGUAUUUUACUUCUCUUAAGUCAAAGACAUAACAGCUGGGCUAUCACCCUAGUAGCUUUUUAAAAACAUUUCCUAAUUCGAUGUCAUCAUCUUAGUAUAGUACGCUGUAAUCUAAAGACUGAAUCUUUAACGAAAAUCUUUGUGUUGUACUAAUCAUACGCUUUAUUAUUUAAAUUAUAGUGAAGUAAAAAUUCCUCUUGUAGUCCUUUACCUUUCAUCUGAACCUUCCCUUAUUCUCUCAUUUCAAAGGAGGGGUAUGUCUCAUAAACUUUAUUAUUUUCAUAUCCGCCAUUAAGACGUUUCCCUUAAAUUAUGGCACGCUGCCUUUUAAAGUAACUAAGAGCAACUGUGCUUAAAUUCCAUGUUUACUUUUAAUGGUGGAUAUAAAAGUAUUUUGGUUUAUAGAGCAUACCUCUUUACUAAACUUAAAGCCUAUGAAUUCAGCGGAUUUUGAGGAAGGUCACAUCGAAGAUCUCGUUUUCAUGUUUUCCUUUGGAAAAAUCAUCCUACCCUAUUUUCUGUCAAAAUAGAGAUUUGUUUAGCGAA